AUCAAUGGCGGCUCACUCUAUCACCUUAAAUUAUCAUCAUUAAUGGCAUGGAGCCAAAACAAAUCACCUGCCAGAUAACAGUGUAGUAAAUAAUCUUCUCUUUUCUUUUCUCUCGUUUUCUUUUCAAUUUUCUCUCACUUUCUAUUCAUUUUGUAGCAGAAGUGCGAGACAACCGAAAACAUUUGAAGGGCAACUAACAGUUGACAUAAUGUAUUUUUAGGGCCCUUGUGGGGCCAUCCACAUUAAAAUCUCCAUUUUUUUUUCUCCCUCCUUGGAGUAUAUUUAUACCACCACUUCAUUCCCUAGCUCCCCAUCCUCAAGUUUCCUUAAUCUCUUGUUAAAUUCACUUUUUCCGUUUCUGUUAGUCUCAAGACUUUGCUUCAAUGGCUGAUGCCGGUGGUUCAGCGUCUGCUAAGAGGAUGUGGUUUUCUGUUCCUGAAAGGCUCCAGCUGCAUAUUGCCAUGUUGGCCUUGCAGUUUGGUUAUGCAGGUUUCCAUGUGGUCUCCAGAGCUGCCCUUAACAUGGGCAUUAGCAAACUUGUGUUCACAGUUUAUAGGAAUAUAAUUGCUUUGCUUCUGCUCCUUCCCUUUGCAUAUUUUCUUGAAAAGAAGGAGAGACCAGCUAUUACUCUAAAUUUUCUUUUACAAUUCUUCCUCCUUGCUCUUGUUGGAAUCACAGCAAACCAAGGUUUCUACUUGCUGGGCUUAGACAACACAACACCAACCUUUGCAUCAGCAAUCCAAAACUCUGUCCCAGCCAUUACCUUUCUCAUGGCAGCCAUACUCCGGAUAGAAAAAGUGCGCCUAAAUCGAAAAGAUGGGAUCGCGAAGGUUAUAGGAACAAUCUUGUGUGUGGCUGGAGCAUCAGUGAUAACUCUAUACAAAGGUCCACCCGUAUACAGCCCCGCUCCACCUCUGAAUAGACCCACAACAAUGUUUGUUUCAUUGGGAGAUGCAAAGGGAAAGAGCUGGACCCUUGGUUGUCUCUAUCUAAUUGGCCAUUGCUUGUCCUGGUCCGGCUGGUUGGUGUUGCAGGCACCAGUCCUGAAGAAGUACCCAGCUAGACUCUCCGUGACCUCCUAUACAUGUUUCUUUGGUCUUAUUCAGUUCUUGAUCAUUGCCGCAUUUUUUGAGAGAGACCCUCAAGCUUGGAUUUUCCAUUCUGGCGGAGAACUCUUCACUAUUCUCUAUGCGGGAGUGGUGGCAUCAGGGAUUGCAUUCGCUGUGCAGAUAUGGUGCAUUGACAGAGGUGGCCCUGUCUUCGUUGCCGUUUAUCAACCUGUUCAGACUCUUGUUGUCGCCAUUAUGGCUUCCAUUGCUUUAGGGGAAGAGUUCUAUUUGGGAGGGAUCAUUGGGGCAGUGUUGAUCAUAGUAGGAUUGUACCUAGUGCUUUUGGGAAAAAGUGAAGAGAGAAAGUUUGCAGCUCAAGAAAAGGCUGCAAUUCAGUCGACUCCGGAACACAGCAACAGCAGAACAUCAAGCCAUAUCAAGCCAUCCCUCACUCAGCCACUUCUCCCUCCCACAGCUGAAAAUGUUUGACUAUAAAACCCCUAACUUUUCUUGAUGGAUUAAAAAAAAAUGGCAGAGACAAAUGGGAAGCACUGCCUAUAUCAGAAAGUUUGUGUGUGAAUGAUUUUGUUUUCCUUUUCCUCUUUUUUAUUAGUCAAUGGCUUUAUCAAGUAGCAGAGAGGGUUAAAAGAGAAGCGUUUUUGAAAGGGGAUGAUGAUGAUCACUGUCACACCUGUGUGGCCUAUGGGGGCCUGAAAAUCCCAUAUGUUUUUUACAUGUUCAUUUUAUGGUUUGAUUUAAGAUGGUAAAAGAUAUGCAAAUUAUGAAGUUGAUGCUCAAAACCAUUAUGUUGCAUGAUUUGACUGGACCCACACAUAGCAACAAUGCUUUGCAAUACUAUUCCUUUUUGGAUUA